AUGAACGAGGAAACCAUCAAAAAAUGGAUGCGCGAAAUUGAACGACGGAGACCUGCAUCGUCUCCUCGUCCUGGACCUGGUGGAUUCUUUGCAGCUGGCGGAGGACUCGCGUUGUUGGUUCUUGGAGGUCUAGCCCUCAACGCCAGCUUGUUUACAGUCGACGGUGGUCACCGGGCGAUCAAAUAUACGAGGCUACAUGGUGUCAAGCAGGAUAUUUACUCCGAGGGAACACAUAUCAACAUUCCUUGGUUUGAGAAACCCAUCAUAUUCGACAUUCGUGCAAAGCCGCGUAUAAUAGCGUCAUUAACGGGCACAAAGGACCUGCAGAUGGUCAACAUUAGCUGUCGUGUUCUUUCUCGACCGUCGAUAGACGCACUCCCGACCAUAUAUAGAGAACUAGGAAACGACUAUGAUGAGCGCGUGCUGCCUUCGAUCGUCAACGAAGUUUUGAAGUCGGUCGUUGCCCAGUUCAACGCCAGUCAGCUCAUCACGCAGCGAGAAAUGGUCUCAAAGCUCGUGCGAGACAACUUGACGAAGCGAGCGCUGCGCUUCAACCUCGUUUUGGAUGACGUUUCGAUUACCCAUGUUGCGUUCUCGCCCGAGUUUACGUCUGCUGUCGAGGCCAAGCAGAUUGCAGCAGACUGCCUUGCGGGCGGCAUUCUUGGUCGACCAGGCAAUCCAAGAAGAAAGGGCACAGGAGAGGCACGUUCCGCGGAGCUGAUUGGUGAUGCCGUUCGCAAGAACAAGGGUUUCUCGAACUGCGAAAACUGGAGGCCGCAAGAGACAUCGCGGGCUGUUAUCUACAAGCGACAAUCGCGCAUCAUGGGUGGCAAAGCAUUUGCAUCUUCUCUCAGGUCGUCCGCAGCUUUUCCGCGUAUGAGUCCGGCUGUACGCCGCGCUCAAGACGUCGACUACGGUGAUCUGGACGUGGUCAUCACGCAAGACGCGUAUCGACGCGUCAGCGGCGAUGAAGAUUUUAAAACGAAGACCAAGGAACUCCUUGGUGCACGCCAUACUGUUUCCAAUGGCGACAGUUUCAUCAGCUUGGCCAUCCCUCAGAGCCAGGUCGGUCUCCAGUCAGAUGUCAAACCUGAGGGUCAAGACGAAGCGGAGACGUACUAUCAGGUGGACUUAAACAUGGUUGAAGACGACCAGGCUCGCGAAAGGCUACUCUUUUUCAAUUCAUAUGGUGACACGGGCCUCAUCAUUGGCUUGCUCUGCAAGUCCAUCGGUCUCACGUUCUCUCGGAAAGGACUCAAGAUUGCCCGUCGCGAGCAUACCGAGCCUAUCGAGAACCGCCCAUUCAUCUUGGAGCCGUCCGUCGAUCGCAUUCUCAAGUUCAUUGAUCUCGACUACGGGCACUGGAAGCGAGGUUUCAAGACACGCGUGGAAAUUUUCGACUGGCUCAUCUCAUCCCGGUUCGCGACACUGGGCUCUCUCCGCACAGUCUCCCCCACGCAUCUCGACCGCUGGAUGUACAAAGAGAGCUUUUUUGCAGUAUAUCGAUCACGAUGCGCAAUGGCCAGAGGGCAGAGUCGCGGCAGGCAAGCCGUUGUCGUGGAAGAGGCGCUCGACGCGUUCGGUAAGCGUGACGAAUAUAACGCGCUUGCAAAGUCUAUCGAGACCCGCAAAGCUGUCAGGGCCAAAUUCAACGGUACUCUUGUAACGGAGGUGACAGGAAGGGAAGGGAAAGUCAUUGGGGACAUUCUCAAACACUUCAAACUCAACUUUACGAGUGCAGAUGUCCUUGCAAUGUCAGACGAAAAAAUUCGCGAGACGAUUCUGGCAGUGCAGAAGGAAUGGGAUGCGAAUAGGGAGCACAUGUUGCAGCAGGCGAUGGCUGGGAUGUCUGUGACAGGUGCCAAGAAGGAAUAA